AGUUUCGACUUUCGAGUUUCAUUUCCUUUGAGAAGCGGAAAGCUCUGCAACUUUUUAGGGUUUCUGCGAACACUUCGAUUGUGAUCGCCAUUCUUUGCUCGUGUGCGAGAAGAAAUCGACUCAUCAGAGGAUCCAUCUUUGUUAAGUGGAAAUCAACUCAGUCGUCAUGACUAUUGCUGUCGAGUCUGCCGCAAGGGAUGGGAAUAAGCACGGUGUUUUUAAUCGCUUGGGGGCUACAGCUGCUAGACCCCUGAAAGUCUGUCACUACUGGAGGUCUGGGAGAUGCAACAGGAAUCCCUGCCCCUUCCUUCACAGAGAAUUGCCACCACCACCCAGUAUCAAUGGAAUGGCUUCUAAUCGGCCACGGAGAUCUGCCUCUUCCAACACCUGGGUCCGGAAUCAAGGUGCCGGAUCGGCUACUGUUCCUCAAAAAAUGCAAGACAAAAAUAAUGAUGCUGGAUUGAUUAAUAUUGCUCGCAAGAAAGACAAAGUCUGCCAUAAUGUUCCUUGCGAAACGCAAGACCCAAAUCAUACUGCCGGAUUGGAUCGUGUUCAAGACAAAGUUUGCCGUUAUUGGCUUGCUGGAAACUGUAGUUACGGAGACAAGUGCAAAUAUCUGCAUUCUUGGUUUCUUAGCGAUAGCUUUACAUUAUUGAAGCAGCUUGAAGGACACCAGAAGGUUAUUACCGGUGUUGCUCUUCCAUCCGGUUCUGAUAAGCUUUAUUCUGCGAGCAAAGAUCAAUCUAUACGUGAGUGGGACUGUCACACUGGGCAGUGUGCUGCUGUGGUCAAUUUGGGUGGUGAAAUUGGAUGCAUGAUGAGUGAAGGGCCGUGGCUUUUUGCUGGCAUUCCAAACUCUGUUAAGGUGUGGAACACCCAAACUGGCUCUGAAUUUAGUCUCAGUGGACCUGUUGGACAAGUGCAUUCCCUUGUUGAGGCAGAUGGGUUACUCUUUGCUGGAACCCAGGAUGGUAAAAUAUUGGCAUGGAAAAUUGAUGCCGCAAGCAACUGCUUUCAACCGGUUGCAUCACUUGAGGGUCAUAGUCUUGCAGUUGUUUCAUUAGUUGUUGGAGCUGAUAGGUUGUACUCAGGCUCAAUGGACCAUACGAUAAGAGUGUGGGACCUAGAAACUUUACAAUGUAUCCAUACACUGACAGGCCAUACUUCAGCUGUGAUGUCUGUUCUUUGUUGGAAGGAGUAUCUAUUAUCUUGUUCACUUGACAAAACAAUAAAGGUGUGGGCUGCUACAGAAAGCGGCAACAUUGAAGUAGUUCAUACACACAAUGAAGAAAAUGGUGUGCUUACCCUCUGUGGAGUGCAUGAUGGACAACUGAAACCUGUCCUGAUGUGUUCGUGUGACGAUAAUACUGUACACAUUUAUGACCUCCCAUCAUUCAGUGAGAGGGGGAGAAUAUUCUCGAAAGACGAGGUCCGGGUAAUACAAAUAGCUCCAGGUGGGCUUGGGUUUUUCUUUACCGGUGAUGGAACUGGUGAACUCAGAGUGUGGAAAUGGAACGACAAGCCACUGAACUAACAAACGGAGUAACCAUAUGAUUGGAAUCAAUAGUAGCACGAUAUUGAUUGGGAUGCAAUGGAGAGACCUCUGUUUCGUUUUUGUUGGGAUUUUUCUCCUUUGAAUUGGUUAUUUCCCUACUGAUGGCCAAAGGUGGGGAAAUGAAUCAAGUUUUUGUUUUGCAUCUCCGUCCAAGAAUGCGUGGACGUUAAUCCUGUAUUCUAUCAACGGUAGAAUUAUUUUUGAGACAGUCUCUUUUAAUUUUUUUUUAUAUGAUCACUUUGGUCAUUCAUAAUGCCUUCCCAAUUGGAAGAAUGGUUGUAACCUAAUCUCAAAUGUAAAUUCAGUUCAAGCAAAGCCUCUCCACCUUUUUUCCCUUAA